AAGUCAAAAUGCUAAAUAUCUGUAUCUAAAUUCCCCUUUCUUCUGAUCGAAUACUUUUUCCAUGCUGAUAUGGAGUCAACGACUAUGAUCGAUGGCGGCGGAGGUCCCACGGUGGUGGCGGUCGCCGUCAAGGGCGGCAACCCCGGAGGAAUUGGCGGCAAAGGAAGCAGACGAGCUCUACGGUGGGCAGUUGAUAACCUCUUUCAGAAAGCAGAUCGUUUCGUUUUGGUUCAUGUUAUCCCUAACAUCACUACAAUUCCUACUCCGUCAGGAAAACAAGUACCUAUUAUGGAGCUAGAUCCUAAUGUGGUGGCCAUGUAUAUGGAAGAUAUGAAAUCGCAAAUUGAAGAAUUAUUUCUGCCAUUCAAGAAACUCUGCAAAGGCAAAAAGAUAGAAACUUUGGUGCUGGAAGGUGAUAGCCCUGCAUCAGGUCUUGUAGGAUAUGCAUCGGAGUCCGGUAUCAAUAGUUUGGUUCUCGGUUCAUGUUCCUCCAAUUGGCUCAAGAGGAAGUUACAUGGAGUUGAGGUACCCUUGGCUGUUCUAAAACUCGCUCCAAGUACCUGCAAUAUAUAUGUUGUUUCUAGAGACGGUCUCGUCUCUGAUUCAGAUACCAGUUCCACAUACGGGGUUUCUUGUGGCUUAAGUAAACUAUGGUGCGGCAGUUGUUCUUCUAACAAGUACAAUAUGGAAAGUACACCCGCUCCGUCAUCUGUUUCCGACAUUACUCGUUAUAAUUCUCAAACAUCAAACCACGCGAAAGCUUCAAUCAAUUCCAGUACUAUACCCAGCAGCCCCCUAAGGACCUUAGGUGAUUCAAUUUUGCAAACCCAAAUGACAAAUAGAAGUUCUGCGUCUUCUGCACGAUCUGAUCAGUCAAGCUUACAUGCUGAAGUAGAAAAGCUAAGACUUGAGUUACAAAAUGCUGUCAGUAUGUACAAUCAGGCGUGUGAUGAGCUGGUCCAUACACAAAAUAAGGUACAAAUGAUUUCUUUUGAUAGAAUUGAAGAGAUGAAAAGAAUUAAUUCAUUAGUGGAACGUGAAGAAAGAUAUAGAAAAAUUGCUGCUGAAGAAAAACAAAAGCAUCUAGAAGCAGUUAAAGAAGUUGAAAUGGCUAGAACUCUGCUAGAAAAGGAGGCUUAUGAAAGGGAGAUAGCGGAAACCAAAGCUAUGAAGGAAUCUUCUGAGAAACAACAGAUUGUUGAUGCGUUAUUUGUUAGCGAUAAACGGUACAAAAGAUACACUCUUGAUGAGAUGGGAAGGGCUACUGAUUCGUUUUCUAAAAGUAAAGUGAUCGGUGAAGGAGCAUAUGGUAAAGUCUACAAAUGUAAUCUUGAUCAUACGCUGGUCGCUAUCAAAGUUCUUUCGUCGGAUACGUCUGAAAAGAAACGGGAAUUCUUAAGAGAGGUUGAGGUUCUCAGUCAACUAAGCCAUCCGCACAUCGUUCAACUUCUUGGCGCUUGUCCCGAAAAAGGCUGUCUAAUUUACGAGUACAUGGAAAACGGAAGCUUAGAGGACUUUAUCUCCCAAAAAAACACUAAAUAUUAUCUUUCUUGGUACACGCGUUUCCGUAUAGCUUUUGAAGUAGCUUGUGCGUUAGCGUUCUUACACAACUCAAAACCCGACCCUAUAAUACACCGCGAUCUUAAACCGGGAAACAUAUUACUCGACCGAAACUUCGUAAGCAAAAUCGGAGAUGUGGGUAUGGCAAAACUCGUUACAGAUGUGGUCCCGGAUAAUAUUACAGAAUACAAAGACUCUAUUCUUGCGGGUACGAUGUAUUAUAUUGAUCCAGAGUACCAUAGAACCGGUACGGUUAGACCAAAGUCGGACGUAUAUGCUCUUGGGGUUAUAAUCUUGCAGUUGUUAACAUUACUUCAACCAAAAGUGGUUAUAUCGAAAGUUGAAGCGGCGGUUAGUUGUGGCAAUUUGUUUGACGUCUUGGAUGACUCGAUACCCGAUUGGCCGUUAGCGGAAGUUACUGAGUUGACUGAGUUAGGACUUAAAUGUUGUAGUCUUCGGUGCAGGGAUAGACCCGAUCUUGAUACGGAAGUACUCCCGGUUUUGAAGAAACUUCAUGAGUUUGGUGAUCAGAGUCGAAAGGUUGCGAAAAACAGGAAUGAUGCUCCGAGUCACUUUUAUUGUCCGAUUGUUCAGGAAAUAAUGGAGGAUCCUCACAUUGCUGCUGAUGGUUUUACAUAUGAAUACAGAGCUAUAAAAAUAUGGCUCGAAAGACAAAAUGCAUCACCCGUGACAAAACAUCGGCUACAACAUAAGACGUUAACUCCCAACCACACGUUGCGGUCAGCCAUACAAGACUGGCGAUUACAGUCAACAUCCUCAAAGAGCUCAUCUUGAGACAAUGCUUCAGCUUUCUAAAACCCAAGUGUUUAUAAAUCAAUUUGUUUAUGCAGUUAUGAUUUAUCUUGAAUAUAUACGAUUAUCUUUAUUACGAAUGCAUCAGUGUGUAUAAAUACAUGUUCUUUAUCAAGAUUACAUUAAAGCUACUAUGCACAUGAA